AUGACGAGGAUGGUCGGGAUUGACGGCUCGCGACAGGACCGGUACCUUCGAAUCAAUUACUAUUUUUUUUCAGGUCAUUUUUUAUUUAUUGUAGACCAAUUUCGAAAAUUAAACCCCGUAGGGCAUUUUAUUCUUCCAGAUUCGUCGGCCCUCCGAGCAGCUCCAACAGCAACAACAACGGCUCCAACCUCCCCAACCGCUUCAACAGUAACGACGAAGAAACGAAUAAUCUAUAAAUUUUUGAAGGCAUACGACACGUUUUGUGAAGUUCUCGGUGACGAUUUCAUGGAAUAUCGGGAAUUUGACUUCUGGUACUAUAAAAUUGGAAAUGGAGAUGCUAAUUUGACCUGUAAAAUGAGCUACAACCCAAAAAGUCCGAUUUUCACCGAUUUUCCCGACACGGUUGUCCAUACAGUUUUGGAAAAGCUAUUGCCAGCGGAAAGAAUGGUGGUUCGAAAUGUGUCGAAGAAGCUGAGAAAUCUCUUCGACGAGCGCUACCGUGUCAUCAAAAAUGUUUACAUGCAGGUGCAAGACGAAGAAGCGAUUUUAUUUUUUGAAAAUCAUGAGGAGCUGGAAAAAACGUUUUCAUGUAAUGGAAAUGAUGGAAAUGAGAAAUAUUUGGAAAUUGCAUUGGAAAAAGUAGCGAAAUUCACGAAAAAUCAUAAAUUGGAAGAAUUUGAAGUUCAUUUCGAUGAUGAAGCCGGCGAAAAACAUCGAUGGGGGCUGUAUGAUGAUGUUUCGGAUAUGUUUAAAGCUUCAAAAGCUGUUCUGAAUACCAAGAAAUUCUCAAUUGAACUAUUGCGGCCGGAUGAUGCGAAGGCAGCGUUCUCUCACUUUAAGCCAGGAAAUCUCGAGGACAUUGAAAUUGAAUAUUUCUGCACUGGAUACAAGUACCCAAAGUAUCCCAGGUGUCCUCGAUAUGAUGAUGAUUCAGAUGACAGUUUUGAGGAUAAUAUGGGAAUGUACGAGCAGCUCACCGAGCUCGCGCACUGGCAGAAAGCGAAAAAAGUCAAAAUCGGAGUGGAUGAUUCGUUGGAUUUUUCAAUUGAAGCCCUUUUUCACUUGGAAAACUUUGAGAUUUCCUUGAAUAAAUUCACGAAAAAUGAUGCUAUCAAGAUUAGAGAUGUUCUCCUGCAAACCGCUCACUUUCAAUCCGGAAUCAUCACAUUCUCCAAAGAUCCAGGAGGCACUAACAUGUUGAAGGUGUUCAACCCGAAAUAUUCUGGCGGUGAAAAUGGUCCAAUUAUCUAUAAAACCAAGGAUUCUCGCUUCGAAAUUGGGCUUGGAUACUCUUCUAUUGAAUUUAAAAGAAUUUAAACGAGAACAAUGAAAAAAUCGACAUUUUUUGCUGAGUUUUUUUGUUAAAACGAUAUUUUUUUGUUCUACAUUUUGAUUCGGUGCAGUUUUUUUUUUUAUAUUCCGCAACUUUGUUUUCUAAUAAAUUCUUUUUUAUGUCA